AUGGCCGCUGGGACAUCACCAUCUUUCUUCACAUCUCUGAAUAGCGCCCUCGCCACCCGGUCUGAGAUUGUGCAAGCGUGCAAAUCACUUUUGACCCCUCUGCUACCUUUCUUUUCACCUGGGAAGACAAGGCUACGAUUGGGGGCUACAGCGACUCGCUAUGAUGAAGCAGGUGCGCAGCUCGAAGGUUUUACACGUCCCAUGUGGGGUCUUGGAGCCUUGCUCGCUGGUGGUGAGUCGUUCGAGGGUUCUGAGCUCUGGUUGGAAGGAAUAAGAAAUGGGACAAACCCUGAUCAUCCCGAGUUCUGGGGCUGGUCGAAGGAUUUGGACCAAAGAAUGGUCGAAAUGUGUCCUCUCGGCUUUGCGCUCUGCGUCGCUCCAGGCCAUUUCUGGAAGCCGCUGAAUGAGAGAGAGCGCGAGAAUGUUCGGAGAUGGCUGGAUAUCAACAAGAAGGAGAUGCCGAACACAAAUUGGCUCUGGUUUCGUGUCUUUGCUAACCUAGCAUUGAUGAAGAAUGGUGCAGAGUAUGAUGCCGAGCGACUCGAAGCCGACCUCAACCACCUUGACAAUUUCCACUUGUCUGGCGGUUGGAGCAACGACGGUCCGCCUGACACGCUUCAAAUGGACUACUACUCUGGUUCAUUUGCAAUUCAGUACCUUCAAUUGCUGUAUGCAAAGCUAAAUGGUGAUCGGGAUCCAAAAAGAGCAGACAUAUACAGAGAUCGAGCGAGAAUGUACGCGAAGGAUUUCCUCCACUACUUUGACGAGCAAGGUCAGGAUGCCCCUGUAGAAACAGAGGCUUUGUAUCUAACUGUGUCAGGCCGAGCGAUGACCUUUGGCCGUUCUCUCACCUAUCGGUUUGCAAUGGCCGGCUUCUGGGCGGCUGUUGCUUUUGCAGAUCUGCACCUCGAGCCACCUCUGAGUUGUGGAGUGAUCAAAGGUAUUCUCCUGCGCAAUCUGCGGUACUGGUCUCAACAAAAGGACACACUCAAUGGAGCAGGGAUAUUAACCAUCGGCUAUGGCUAUCCCAACCAAUUUAUAUCUGAGAACUACAAUUCGCCCGGCUCGACCUACUGGUUCAUGCUCUCUUUUGCGGCGUUGGCCUUACCUGAGUCUCAUGAGUUCUGGCAGUGCAGAGAAGAACCAUAUCCCUGCCACUCAAUACCGCAGAUUGUGGCGUUGAAGCAUCCCAAACACAUUAUGGUGAGAAGAGGUGGACAUACUUUUCUCUUGUCUUCGGGGCAGAUGUGCCACUACCCAAUGAGAGCUGCGGAAAGCAAAUACGGAAAGUUUGCAUACAGUACGGCAUUCGGAUAUUCUGUCCCCACUGGCGGCUACUUUGUGGAAGCCAUUGGGGGCGACAAUAUCCUCGCAGUCUCAGACGAUCAAGGCGAGUCGUGGAAGGUGCGGAGGAUGCCACUCAAUGCAAGGCUGGAGACUGUCGAUGGCACGCCAGUGUUGAUUUCUGAGUGGAAACCGUGGGCCGACACCAAAGUCGAGACCUAUCUGCUUCCCCCGACCGAAGCCACGCCGAAUUGGCAUCUCCGCGUACACCAUAUCAGGACAGGCAGCAGAAACUUGAAGACGAGCGAAGGCUCCUUUGCCCUGAACGGCGUCUCAGAGAAAGACGAACGCGAAUUACAGCAGAUGGACACAGACAAGUCCGAAGGGAGACUAGCAGACAAUGGGGAGGCUGUUGCUGUGACUCGAGGUGGUGCUGUUGGUAUUGUUGAGCUGCAUCAACCCGGAGCUCGUGCUGGCCGUGUGCUGGACGAGGACGCGAACAGUAACCUGAUGGAGAGCAGAUCCGUCCUACCCAGCCUGGCGAUGGAUAUAGCUGCAAAUGCGGGUGUUUGGGUAGCGACUGGCGUGUUUGCUAUGCCAUCAAGUGUUUCGAACUAUAAGAGGAAAUGGCAAAAAAGCUGGAUGCAACGACCACAGAUUCCAGACUGGCUGAGAAACAGAAUGGUAUAG